AAACGGUUCACGCUGCCGUCAACACGGGCGCGCGCCGCCACGCUUGCAAAGGCAGCCCGAAUGGCAACCAGCACUUUUCCAGACGCAAAGCAGGAGGCAAGGUUCAGGCAAGGCUUGGUCGCUGAGGGGUGGUCAGUCACGUAGGCCUGAGGCGAACCUCUGGCUAUGCGGAGGCAGGGGGGCUUGGGCAGUCAGCUACGCCUAAGGCAAAACUGGCUGGCCUCGUGCCCUAUCGUGAUUAUCAUUGAUCCAGGUUCUCACACCUGCAAAGGCGCAAUAAGAGUGGAAUCAUUCAAAGAGUAGUGUUGUUUUCGGGAUGCUUCCGUCAACACGCAAAUCUACUCCUGCGCUUCCGAGGUCUUUGCUGCGCAAGCCGCCACGCUUGCAAAGGCGCUCGAAUGGCCUGCGCUGCCUGAGUUCUGUGCGGCACGAGCCGCCAGGCUUGCAAGGGCAGGAGGCAGGGUUCAGGCAGGGCUUUGUCACUAACGGGCGGUCAGAUGACAAAAACCUGGCUGCCUCAGGAAAAUGUCUCAUUGAUCAAGAUUCUGACACCAGGAAAGGCAGAAGCGUCGUGCAAACAGAGUGGCAUUGUUUUCAACUCGUUCUUGCCAACAUGCAAGCUACUCCUGCGCUGCCUGAGUUCUGUGCGGCACGCGCUGCCACGCUUGCGAAGCUGACCAGGCUCGAAUCGGCUCAAAUCAGGGGUCACUGAAAGGGCAGCUAUGUAGGCCGGCUACGCAGCCACUUUGUGACGAAUUGCCAUCUGGAACCUUUGGGUUUUUCCCCAACAGCUGAAAGGUUUGGGGUCUCAGCCCAGAUAGGCUCCGGGGUGGUCGGCGGCCCUGAGGCAAGAUUUGAUGACGGUUCCACCAGGGUUCCACCAGGGUUCUUAUUUUGUUGGCUAACUGCUUUUGCACAUUUACGCGGGGGAGCAAGUUGGAGGUCCAUGCGGGAUGGCCUGGAUGCGGGCGAAGGGUGCAACACAACAGCGUCAGCGGUUAGAUGACAAAGAACCUCGCAUCCACGCACGCUGAAAUACGUGGGGCAAGCGUUGAUGCAACGCCACUUUCUUGAAGCUCUAAGUUGCAGUGCAAUGUGUUAUCCAGCCACCUCUUCAUCGUCAGCAGGGCAAAGAUUCCGACAUCCCAGCUGUCUCGCGAUGAUUUCACUCACCAGAAUCAGUUGGCCCUCGGCUUCUUGAACAUCUUGAUAUAGGCCACCAUCUCCCAACGCUCGCAGCUUUGAGAGCAACAACGCUACAAAAACUCU